AUGGAUCCAGUUUUGAUUGCUAACGAAGCAGUAAACUCCAGGACUAAGCAGAACAAGCCUGACAUUCUUUGCAAGUUAGACAUAGAAAAAACGUACGAUCAUGUUAACUGGAAGUACCUGAUGAAAAUCUUAGAAAGCAUGGGAUUUGGACAAAAGUGGAUGAACUGGAUUAUGUUCUGUAUCUCAACAAUAAACUUUUAUGUUCUAAUCAAUGGGCUUCCUGCAGGAUUUUUCAGCUCACAAAGAGGGCUCAGGCAAGGUUUUGAUGUGUUGAGAGAUGGUGCUGAAAGUUUGGAAGUGACACACCUUCAAUAUGCCGAUGAUACACUCAUCUUUUGUGGAGCAGAGGAAGAACAACUGAAAUAUGUAAGGGUGAUACUGGUCCUAUUUGAAGGGGUAUCUGGCCUGCACAUUAAUAGGUGGAAAAGCUUUAUGUAUCCCAUUAAUGAGGUCAAUAAUAUGAGUUAUAUAGCCUCAAUUCUUGGGGGUGUAGUUGCCACUUUGCCAACAACCUACUUAGGCAUGCCUUUGGGAGCAAAAUCCAAGUUUAUUGAAAUUUGGAAUGGCGUGAUAGAGAAGUGCGAGAAAAAAUUGGCUAGAUGGAAAACUCAAUACUUAUCAAUGGGAGGGAGGUUGACCCUCAUCAACUCGGUACUUAAUGCUCUACCAAUAUACAUGAUGUCAUUAUUUCCUAUUCCAACAAGGGUCAUCAAAAAAUUGGAUAGGAUAAGAAGGAAUUUUUUGUGGCAAGGUAACAACGAGAAGAAAAGAUUUCACCUGGUGAAAUGGGAAUCUGUGGUAACUGGGAAAAAGAAUGACGGAUUGGGAAUAAAAAAUCUGAUAUUCCAAAGUGAAGCACUCAGAAUGAAAUGGUUGUGGAGGUACUUAUUUGAAGAUCAGUUAAUGUGGAAAAGAGUGGUAGGUGCCAAAUAUGAGGCGGAAGAUAGUUGGAUGACCAAGGAUGUGAGUUCACUUUAUGAGGCUGAAGAGGAUGCAUUAUGGUGGAAAGGAAGCAUCAAAGGUAUAUUUAAAGUAGGUGCAGCUUACAGGGUAUUCUUGAGUCUCAAAGACAUAUCCUGGGCUAUGCCUAGGAGAAUUACUGAAGCCCUAAAAAGUUGGGAGGAGGCAGGAGUGCUAGCUAAAAACAGAACGAGAUGGAGAAUUAUCCCUGCUUCAAUCUGGUGGGCAACCUGGAAAGAGAGAAAUUCUAGGUGUUUUGAGAGCGUAGAGAAUACUUCUAUGUCUACUGUUACUUGCCUUCGUCAGCGGUUGUUAACUUGCUCAUCUGGUGUUGUACCGACAAAAAAGUUACGUUUAGAUGAGACAAGUAGUGAUUUGGAUCGGAUUUCCCUUUUGGGAGGAUAUGCUAUUCAUGUUGUUCAACAUUACUCUACAUUGACUGCUGGACAAAAGACUCCUUCUUUGGAAUGGACUGCUAUUUUUGGACAUGAUAGUGAAGACUGCCCUUUUGGGAGGAUAUUGCCUGUUGUUGAACAUUACUCUACAUUGGCUGCUGGACAAGGGAUUUCUUCUUUGGAAUGGACUGCUACUUUUAGACAUGAUAGUGAAGGGACUAGAUAUGAGACUGAUACUGAUUUAGUACAUGGGAUUGAUGCUGUGGGAUGGACUGAACCUGUAGAAGGCUUGUUGUUGGACAACAAUUUAGAUGAUGCUCAUUAG